UAACGUUAACGUUACAUCUAAACAAAUCUACCAUUGCUUCUUUUGGUUGUAUGCCUUUUAGUGCACUUUACACUGACAUGUUUUUCGAUAACGGAGGGAUUUUAUGAUCAUAUCUUGGAACAAAGUCUCUGCCGUUCACAAAGAGAUGACAUCGCGCCAGAACCCAUUACGGAGAUGUGGGCAGGGCUUGUUAUCCAUCUCUGUGCUCCGAUUGGCUCUCAGUAUGUUUCUUUCAGCCAAUGAAGUGUUCGACUAUUUACUAUAUAAAUAGUUGGUAGCAUAGAGCUAGGGUAUUGUAGAUUAUCACAUCGACAUAACAACAAUGAGUGGAAGAGGCAAAACCGGAGGCAAGGCAAGGGCGAAGGCAAAGACUCGUUCUUCCAGGGCUGGACUUCAGUUUCCCGUCGGCCGUGUACACAGACUGCUGCGCAAAGGCAACUAUGCCCAGCGCGUUGGCGCUGGUGCACCGGUUUACUUGGCCGCUGUGCUCGAGUAUCUGACUGCCGAGAUCUUGGAGUUGGCCGGCAACGCUGCCCGUGACAACAAGAAGACCCGUAUCAUUCCCCGACAUCUGCAGCUGGCUGUCCGUAAUGACGAGGAGUUAAACAAACUGCUCGGUGGUGUGACCAUCGCUCAGGGUGGUGUGUUGCCUAACAUCCAGGCUGUGCUGCUGCCCAAGAAGACUGAGAAGUCAAAGUAAAACACUUUGUCUUCAAAAAAAAUCAAAAGGCUCUUUUAAGAGCCACCCAUAUAUCUUUUGAAAGCUGAUAUAUUCCUGUGUAAACCCUAUAAUCUUAUAUACAUAGCGUUUAUUUUGCUAGAAAGUUCAGUUAAAAAUAGUCCCGUCAUGUAUACAUGAAGGACAAGUUUCAUGCGGGUCAUCGAAUGCUAGUGUGGCACAUUAAGACCAGCCAUCGUAGCUCGGUGACAACAUGCAUGAGUCAUGGACGUGAGAUUACAGUGAUCUUAUGCAUAACGGUAGCACAAAUACGGAACAAAGGCAGCAAGAUCAGACAGUAGUCAAACAAUACCUUUUCGAAAUAAACUGUUAGAUGUGUAAAACAAUAAGGCCAACACGCCAUACUAUGUUUAUAGAUGCAUUUUCUGGAGGGGAUUUAAAACACUGACAUCAAACCCAAGAGUACAAAUAAGAGUAUACACAAAUAAGUGUAUGUUAAUCUUCUUUUAUGUAUAAAAUGUGACCACUUGGUGUUAAACAACAAUUAAAUGAGAAA